AGCCGCCUCCUAAAAUGAGUACUCGUGGUUUCCGCGCGGAAACCAACCUCUGGCGCCCCUGGCACACCCUGUCAGGACUGAGGUGGCUGCUGGGGCUGGAGCUGGUCUUGGGGUUUCAGUUGACCACUUGCACGGCUUUCUACCUCCCUGGGUUGGCCCCGGUCAACUUCUGCGAGGACAAAGAGAUUGGAUUCUGCCAGUCCUCAGUAGCACUCUUUGUAAAUAGAUUGGACUCAGUGGAAUCUGUGCUACCUUAUGAAUAUGAUACCUUUGACUUCUGCCAAGACUCUGGAAAGAAAAGACCUUCUGAAAAUCUUGGACAAGUACUAUUCGGAGAACGAAUAACAUCAUCUCCUUAUAAGUUUUUUUUUAACAAAACAGAAACAUGUAUAAAAGUUUGUGUAAGAUCUUAUGAUCCAGGAAAUAAAGAUGAUGGACGAAAGUACUGCAAAACAGGAUUUCCAAUAGGAUGUUUUAUUACCAAUAGUGGCAUAUCAAAACAUGAUUGCAUUGUCCAUCCUGAAUUCAACAAAAAGAAUACUUUCUGCCUUUUCAACCACGUUGACAUCACUAUUUCGUAUCACAGGGAAAGUGGUACAAAUCAGAGUGUUGCAAGAUUGGUAGCUGUCAGACUUGACCCCAAAAGCUAUAAGCAUUCAGAUGAAAACCAGCAAACCUGUAAUGGACCCCCUAUGGAAAUUCCUAGAGAACACACCAAUAAGUUGAAUGUGACUUAUACUUAUUCUGUGAAAUUUGAAGUAAGAAAACAAAAAUAUCAGUGGGCCUCUCGAUGGGAUUAUGUUUUGGAGUCUAUGCCUGAUACCAACAUUCAGUGGAUUAGUAUUAUGAAUUCGUUUGUUAUUAUUAUUUUCCUCUCUGGAAUGAUAGCUAUGAUCACCUUAAGGACUCUCCGUAGAGAUAUUACCAGAUACAAUCAGAUAAAUUCUCCUGAAGAUGCCCAGCCAGACUUUGGUUGGAAGCUGGUUCAUGGAGAUGUCUUCAGGCCUCCAAAGAAUGGAAUGUUGCUCUCAGUCUUCCUAGGUCAAGGAAUGCAAGUUUUCAUCAUGACCUUUAUUACUUUAUUUCUGGCCUGCCUUGGUUUUCUUUCCCCCGCCAAUAGAGGAGCUUUAAUGACCUGUGCUAUUGUGUUAUGGGUCCUUCUGGGAACCCCUGCUGGAUAUGUGUCUGCUAAAAUGUAUAAGACAUUUAAAGGCACUAACUGGAAGACAAAUUUCCUGCUGAUGGCACUAUUAUGUCCUGGAAUUGUCUUUGCUGACCUCUUCCUCAUGAAUCUAAUUCUUUGGGUGGAAGGAUCAUCAGCUGCCAUCUCCUUUGGCUCUCUCAUAGGUAUCCUUGGCAUGUGGUUUGGAAUUUCAGUACCACUAACGUUUUGUGGUUCAUACUUCGGAAGCAAGAAAAAGUUUAAAUGUUCAGUUCACACAAACCAGAUCCCCCGUCACAUUCCUCCACAGAGCUUCUUUACUAAUCCAAUUGUUGGCAUCAUAAUUGGAGGCAUUUUACCAUUUGGCUGCAUUUUUAUUCAACUGUUUUUCAUUCUAAACAGUAUUUGGUCUCAUCAACUAUACUAUAUGUUUGGCUUUCUUUUCUUUGUCUUUAUCAUUCUCCUGAUUACUUGUUCAGAAGCUACAAUUUUGCUGUGCUAUUUUCAUCUAUGUGCUGAGGAUUAUCAUUGGUGGUGGAGAGCCUUUUUUACCAGCAGCUUUACAACUGUUUAUCUUUUUAUAUAUUCCGUCCAUUACUUCUUUACCAAACUUCAAAUCACAGGCAUUGCGAGCACCAUUUUGUACUUUGGGUACACGAUGAUCAUGGUGUUGAUUUUUUUUCUUUUCACAGGAGCAGUUGGAUUUUUUUCCUGCUUCUGGUUUAUUACUAAAAUCUACACUGUGUUGAAAGUCGACUAAGCAAUUUUCCCAAAGGCAACAAGAA